AUGGAAAACCAUCAUUUGAGGAGGUCUCUUGGAAUGGCCAAGGAUCAGUCUGGCAUUUUGGUCAAGUGGGUUGCGGAGACUUGCGAUGCUAAUCGGGUGUUACAAAAGGGAGAUAUUGUGACUCAUGUGGAUGGAAUCUCCGUUUCGAACGCUGGGACAGUCCCAUUUCGCUCUGGGGAACGCAUCAGUUUGAAUUUUAUGGUCACCAGCAAAUUUACGAGUGAUUCUCUUGGAGUCACAUUUUACAGGAAUGGGAAACGGCGAAAAGGAUCUUAUCGACUGUCUGGGAUGGGGCACCAUCGGCUUGUGAAGGUGCAUGAUGCGCAACACCUCUUCCGUCGCCAACCUGAAUAUUUACUCUGCGGUGGAUUGCUCUUCCAAGUGCUGAGCGAACCGUUCUUGAGAACCGUCUAUGGGCAAAACUGGGAACUAGAAGCCCCCGUCCGAUUGAUAGAGGAGUACCACCGCGGUGUCUGCACGAAAGAGGGUCGGUCGGAAGUUGUCGUCCUUGCUGAAAUUCUUGCUGCACGCACUACAUCUGGGUAUGAAGAGGAGGAAGGGAAUGAUGCGGCUAUUCUGAAGCAUCUGAAUGGGGAAUCUGUUCACAGCCUGGUACAUUUGGCGCAUCUCAUUGACGCUUGUUCCGAUUCGAUGGAGUUUUUGCGAUUUACGCUCGAUGAUGAUACGCUUAUUGUAAUUGAUAGAAAGGCGGCUGAAGAAGAUGAGCAAGACAUGCUCGCAAUGCACUGCAUUCCUGCAACGCGCUCCAUCGGCAAAGAACAAACGAAGACCUCUAAACCAUAA